AUGCCUACGUGCGAACAGGAGUUUAGCUUUCAAGAAGAAUGUUGUGCACAAUUAAAUGCCCGUGCAGUUCAACUACUGAUACUCCACAGAGAUUUGGAGCCCAUUGUGUCUGCCAUCAGAAGAGGAGAUGACAAGACAGUGUUUGAACUUGCAGCAUCCAUGUCAAACAGACUGACCACAGGAAAUUCAGAGGGUUGGACACCCCUUCAUGAGGCAGCUUGCUAUGGCCAGGCUGGCUGUGUGAAGGCUUUGCUGAAAGCUAAACCCACUUUAGUAGAUAAGCGUACUCUCCAUGAGCAGACAGCUCUCUUGCUGGCUGUGGAUGGAAAGCACCUGGCAUGUGUUAGGACCCUGCUGGAGAAUGGAGCCGACCCUGACAUCAGCAAUAAAAACAAAGUGACUCCCCUUUAUAAGGCCUGUGAGUGGGGAAGCCUGGAGUUGGUUCAGUUGAUCUUGGCGUUUGGUGGUUCAGUGAACCAGCGGUGUAAGCGUGGCUGGACAGCUCUACAUGAAACAGUGUCUCAGGACAACACAGAACUUAGUGAAGCACUCCUGCAGGCCGGGGCGAUCAUAGACCCCGCAAACUCCCAUGGCAUUACUCCCCUGAUUGUGGCAGCCCAGCAAGGGAGAGCAAAGGCUGUGGAUCUCCUCAUCACAAAGGGUGCUGAUGUGAACCUACAGUCAUGUGACGGGGCCAGUGCUUUGAGUGAGGCCAGUAAACAUGGUCAUAAAGAUAUAGUGGAGCUUCUGCUCCAACACAAUGCAGAUGCCAACAAAGCUACUAAGGCUGGAUUACUGCCACUGCACAUUGCUGCACAGUAUGGACAAAAAGAGAUCAUCCCCUUGCUGCUCUCUGUCACUAGCCGCGCACAGAUACGUCACAGCAGCGUCACCCCUCUCCAUCUAGCAGCCGAAAACAACCAGCUUGAUGUUGUUCAAUUUCUGAUUAAGUCGGGGGCCGAUGUAAAUGCCAGGCUUUCCCCUGAACGCUCUGCCCGGUUCCAUGACCACCGUGUCACUGCUGUCUACUCUGCUGUUGCCAAUGGGCAUGAAGAGGUGGCUGCCAUCUUACUCAAGGCUGGUGCCAAUCCAAACAUAGAUCCUAUCAGCCUAUUGCUGGUGGCAGUUCAAAAGGGCCUUCUGAGGACUGUUUCUUCACUAGUGGAAUGUGGUGCCAAUGUCAAUGUGAAUAUCCCUGCCCAACCAACUGCAUUCCCUGGGGUGCUUCUUUAUUCCCAAAACCUGGGUGUUUUACAGUAUCUAUUGGAUAAUGGUUUUGAUGCCCAAACCUGUUUCAUGUGUGACUGUGACAGAGGACUCAACCAUUCACUCUGUGCCACACAGAACACUGGACAUACAAGCCUCAGGAAUCAGACCCUGUCUGGAAGUAACAUUACACCAAAUUUAACCUGCACAGAGUCAGUAACAAACAAACUACAGUUCUGCGACUGGAUAUCCUCUCCCUCUGUGAGCCCUGGGGCUGGACCUUUGAUCAACUUACUGCUGGACUAUGUAGGAAACAUUAAAUUAUGCAGCAAAAUCACACAGACUCUGGGCAGCCAACAGGAAUGGGGUGCCAUCCAGGAAAAAGCAAAGUCUCCUCGUCCUCUGAUGCACCUGUGCAGACUGAGGGUCCGACAGCUGGUGGGACUGAGGAGGCUGGUGUCUCUUCAUACUCUCCCACUACCAGACAGAGUGAUCCAAUAUCUUAGCUACAAUGGCUUCAGCACCAAAGAUAGUUUAAUACAAAUGCAGGGCACUGCUCAGGCACAAACGGACCUUGUAGUGUUGUGUGGACAGUCAUGA